AUGUCUCGAUACUCUCCAAUUGCGCCAUCCUCCCUCACUGCCGACCAGCAUAAAGCUUACGACGAAGGGUCGGAGAUCUGUUCGAGCGUAUUCGGCGACAAAUUCCUCUACAAAAAUGAAGAUGGUGCCUUUAUAGGUCCAUUUGCUCCUCUCCUCUUCACACCCACCCUCGUCGAUCCAUUCUUCAAGCUCGUCGUUGAGCUAGGGAAGCUCCCAGGUCUGCCGAGUUCAGCACGAGAAGUCGCCAUUUUAGCGACGGGAAGCAGAUUCCAAUCCAAAUACGAACUGUAUGCACAUGAACGGGUUGCCGCGCUUUACAAGCCUCACGGCGGCUCAGAUCGGAAGUGUGAAGAGUGGGAAGAAGCCUUUUGGAGACAAUGCUCUUGA